UCAUUGAAAUAUUUUCACAAUCUCAAAACACAGAAAAGAGAAAGAAAAAGAAAAGAUAAUAAGAAAUGCCUUGCGCCGUAGCCAUACCAAAUUCACCCAUCUUUUCUCCAACCAAUGUCUCUUCAAUAUUUUUCAAGUCUCAACCUUCUUCUUCUUCUUCUCCAAGACUCAUCAAAGUUCAAUGUUCUAAUUCAGUUUCAACCUCAACUACUCAAUCCACAACAUCUUCUCCUUUAGCUGGUAGAAUUCAGAGGAACAGACCACCUUCUUCAACUUCAAAUAUGGGUCUUGGAUCGUGUUCGGGUGAGGUUUUGAAGAGGAAGAGACCGUCCAGGAUUAGUAUUCCCAUGGCGCCUUUGAGUUUUACUAUUGAUUCUCCCAAAGGCUCUUCUGAUGUGGUGGAGGAUGAGUCCGAUGGAUAUUCGGUUUAUUGUAAGAGAGGUAGGAGGGCUGUAAUGGAGGAUCGCUACUCAGCCAUUGUUGACCACCGUGCAGAGUCUAGACAGGCAUUUUUUGGUGUAUUUGAUGGGCAUGGAGGGGUGAGUGCAGCAGAAUUUGUAGCAAAGAACUUAGACUCAAAUAUAGUAAACCAUUUGAAGAAUUGCAGUGAAGAUGAUAUUGGGGAAGCUGUCAAAGGUGGAUAUCUAACUACAGAUAAGGAUUUUCUAAAGGAAGGUGUGAAUGGUGGUACUUGUUGUGUCACUGCAUUAAUACAAAAGCAUAACCUGGUGGUCUCAAAUGCUGGUGAUUGUCGUGCUGUUAUGAGCAGAGGAGGGGUUGCUGAGGCCCUUACAACCGAUCACAGGCCUUCCAGAAAAGAUGAAAAGGAUCGAAUUGAAAAUCUGGGUGGUUAUGUUGAUUGCUGCAAUGGUGUUUGGAGAAUUCAAGGUUCACUUGCUGUGUCAAGAGGAAUUGGAGAUAGACACCUUAAAGAAUGGGUUAUAGCUGAACCAGAAACCAAAGUCUUGGAGAUUAAGCCUGAAUGCGAGUUUUUGAUCUUAGGCUCAGAUGGAUUGUGGGACAAGAUUACUAAUCAAGAAGCUGUAGAUAUAGUUCGUCCUUUAUGCAUUGGUGUAGACAAGCCGGAGCCACUUUCUGCUUGUAAAAAGCUAGUUGAGCUAUCAGUGAAAAAAGGCUCAAUUGAUGAUAUUAGCGUGGUGGUAAUCCCAUUAGGACAGUUCAUAUGAUGAUUUAACUUUUAGGGUUAGAUUAGAAGAAAGUUUAGAUGAAAAAAAAAAAACAAUGGGUGAGUUUUACUUCUGCUGCAAAUGUAAUUUUUUUUGCAGCCUAAGAAAGCAAGAAAACUCCCUUUCCCAAAUGUGAAUUACAGCCUUCAAUUUCAUAUGGGAUUUUGCCUCAACAAGUAGGAAAAUUUUCAAAAACAAAUUAGUCUAAUUAUAAUUGUAACCCCUUUACAAAGUAAUAGCAGUAUAGCAUAUUAAUGUUUCA